AUGAUCACGACCACGACCAAGACACCAACCCUCACCUUGAGCGGCGUUCAAAAUGUUGCCAUGAAGAUGGAUGGCACAGAUGCCAAAUUUGGAGACUGGCGCGAUGACCUCGCACGAGACGGCUAUGCUGUCAUUAAAGGAGCUAUUCCUCAAGAAAGGGCAUUAAAAUACGCAGACAAAAUGUUCUCAUGGCUAGAGGGCUUUAACCUCGGAUUCGACCGCAAUGACCUAUCGACAGCGCACAAGGACAAGCUACCGCUCAUCAACGAAAAGGGCAUGUGUAUUCACUACGCCGUCACACAUGAAGACUUUGCUUGGGAGGUCCGCGGCGAGCCGGGCGUUAUCAGUGCCUUUGAGAAGGUAUACAACGACAAAGACCUCAUCGUCUCCUUUGACGCAAUCAACUUUACUUUUCCCGGCCGCUCAGAUAUUGCCCCCAAUAAGCCGUGGCCACACCAAGACCAGAACCCAGAGAAAGCUGGAUUUCGCUGUCUACAGGGUCUUGUCAACUUGCUUCCCAACGGUCCAGACGAUGGCGGUCUUAUCGUCUGUCCAGGCGGCCACUUGCUCUCUGAGGAGUUCCAUGCCGCCAUGAAAGACGAACCACGUAUCCCAGCGUGGACACCCGAAUGGUUCGGCUUUACUGAAAACGGCAUGAAGUGGCUGGCAGACAAAGGUCUCACAUGGACCAAGGUCUGCGCGGACCCAGGCGAUCUACUUGUUUGGGAUAGCCGCACGCCGCAUUACAAUCUGGCCUCGAAGACUCAUCAGCCGAGGUUUGCGAUAUACACGUGCUAUAUGCCCGUGGCGGAUGCUUCACAGGAGGAUUUGAUUCGCAAGAAGGAUGCCUAUGAGAGGUGGGUUGGUACAACUCAUUGGCCGAAUGCGAUGCAUACUGGUUCCAAUGUCGCUACGAGGGAUGGGGUGGAAGAUCCAUACAACCGCUUCGAGCCGGUCAAUAAGCCGGUCAUGAAUGAGCGGACAUUCAAGUUGACUGGCAUUCCCUAUAUCAAAACUUAG